AUGUCCGCUCCACGCCGUAAUGGACAAUUAUCAUCCUGUGAGCCUUGCAGGAAGUCCAAGCUCCGAUGCGAUCAUUCAGCCCCAACAUGUAAUCGAUGCGUCCGUCGGGGUAAAGCGGACCUCUGUGUUUACCACCCAGCUCCGCUCACCAAGCCGCGCGAAUUAUCACGACCACUCAAGGCAAUCAGGACAGCAACCAAGGAACAAAUGCUGGUGCCUGCAAAGACGCUGAAAUGGGAUAGUCUGAGCGCUUCAUCUCCAGCGACUGUGUUAACUCCAGCCGCAUUUCCCAACCCGUCGAAGCUUCCAUUUUCAGGAUCGGGGUUCCUGGGUCCUACCAGUUACUCAGGUGCAUUCAGCAAUAGUGAGCUUGAUGUCGUGGAUUUCCCAUCGUCUACACGGUCAACCCCCAUCGACCCUCAACAGGUGGCGCGGGGUGCUCAGGUCCUCUUUCUCUUGGAGCAUCUACCCCUAUUUGCUGAGAUUUCAAAGAAGCGCUUCACCAUUUCGCCGGGAUGGGUUUUCGGUAGCCCUCUGAUGGAUCAAUUGUUCAAGGUCCUGGAAGAGGUCUACCGCAAUGCAACCCAGGACUCGGGGAACAAGUAUGCACGCCUGCUAGAUCUCUCCAGGACUUUCUUCAAAAAUACCGUAACUCCUAUCGUGACCCAUGAGUCGAUGACCUUGGCCGAAUAUUUCUCUUUAGCAGCGCCGCGCUGGGAGAUGCUAAGUUUACUUUUCGGCUUUGCUGGUACGGCAACAUAUCAACUACCACCACAUAGUCUGGGGUUAGAGCAUCAGGACGAAAUUACGAGCAAGGAAGGAUUGCGACAAAUAUGCAUCCAGGCUAGCCAGACAUGUCUGCAAUUUUGCAAUCAUCUAGGCACGCUGAGUGACCCUUUGUCGUGGGCCAUGGUCCAGCAUGCAAUCUAUCUAUCGCAUAUGCACGGGAGUAGCGCUAAGACGAAGCAAGAUCACAGAACGUGGCAGAUGCUAGGGGAGAUCACGACGACAGUCUUUGCACUUGGCCUGCACCAGCCGGACACUGAUAACACAGCUCCAUUCUUUUUGAAGGAGAUACGAAAAAGAACGAUGGUUGGUGCAUAUGCUCUUGACAAAGAACUUGCAACAUUCCUAGGCAGGCCCCCACGGAUAUGUUGGCGUUAUUGCAACAUCCAAUACCCAUUGGACAUGAGCUACGAGGAGAUUGUUGCCGAACCCGCGAUAAGAGAUGCAGCUAUUGCACGCUUAGAUCCGGAAGGUUGGAACAUCGAUGGUUGUAUCGAUAAGGGGGCCAAGGCUCGAGCUAGACUGGCUGCUAGUAUCGAUGAAGAAAACGCGUUGGAAAUAUCACUCAGUAAUAGGCUAGACGGAUUAGAGGAGAAGGUCCAAAAGGCUCGCAAGAAAUCAGACGAACUACGGCGCAGUCUUCCUCCGUACCUCCAGUGGACAGAAGAUAAAACAGAUCCCCAAGUUGCAUCGUUUCAUAUCGAGUUUCUUUAUCACGAGUUCUUGCUAUUGCAAACUCUCUACAAACGGGUUGGAAAGGGUAUCGAUGAUUUCGUCAACAAAGCUUUGGAGAUUAUUAGCAUCCUACUACAUAUGGUAUCACUGGAGACUCGCUCAGGUCAAGUCCACCCAACCGUCAUUUUGGAUCUAUGCUACAUAGGUCUUCCUGCCGCCGGUACCCUCUGCACCGAGCUUCUGCGACGAUCCCAGCCCCAAGCAAGCGUAGCCACCGCAUCACCACAAACACCGUUCCCCCGUUCAGAUAUCAUACAGAAGUUGAGCGUAUUUGUCGCGCAAUUGAAAACAUUUGCUCGUCAGCAAGAAGGUGACUACGAGAUCUGCAUCAAGGGGGAGAGGAUCAUCUCCCAGGCUUUGGAUCGGGUGCUCUCACCAGCUCCGGUAGGAGUGGUAGCCUCUAGUGAUGACCCUUGGAAUAAUGAGCUCCCAGGAGGGGAUAUUGGCGAUACUGACUUCAUGGCGUUUUUGGAGAACUUUGACUGGGAGCAAGAGAUGAGGUUGACGUUUGGGUGUUGA